UUUGCAAGUGGAGGGGUUUAGUCACAAUCUUUACCAUUAAAAAAAAAAAAAAAAGCUGAGGAAACCACCUUGAUCCAUCUAGAAAUCUGUCAGCAGGAAUCUGAGGGCUACUCAAGGAUCAGGGGUCAGGGCAAGGAGGGUGGGUAUGUAGAGGAGCACAUCCUAGGAAGGAGACAUUCCCUGUUUCUCUGUUUCAGAGAAACCAGGCUCACUAUGGAAGCAGGCUUGGAAGAUCAACCAUGGGAAUGGGAGGAAGAUGGAGUAAAACACCUCUACAAAGAAGUUGUGGUGUGGACCUCAGUUUCCUCAGAGGUCAUCUGCUAAGCCUUUGUCUAGGACCUGGAUUUUUGGGAAUUCCCAUGCAGCUUCUCAGAGACCUGUCCUGUGGCAGGCUGCGACUCGCCAAAGCCCUUCUAGGCUUUAGCCUCAGAGGGUGUGCUGGGAGCUCCCAAGAUCUUCUGGGACUGCAGGGACAGGGAGGCAGGGGAAUGUCAGGAAUGACCCAGCACGUGGCCUGGUUGUGCAACAGUUACCUCCUGCCCCUCCCAGAGCCAAGCUGGGGAAACCCCUAUAAAAGCCAAGCCUGGCUGGAGCACCUCAUCUACUCGAACUUCCUUGGGACGUGUCUGUGCUCCUGUCUCUAACCAGUGUGAGUGUGGGAAGCCCAAGGUGCUCUGAGAGUAACAGAGAAGAUGAGACAGCUGGGAGGUGGUAGGUAGGCAGAGAGAUGGUGAGGGAGGGAUGGGGGACUGAUGAAAGAAGGUCCUGCCUUGAUUCUGUAAUAUACUGAACGUAAGCAAGACUCAGCCUGAACCAAGUCUGUGGAAAUCUGUCCUCAUCUCAGGCAUGUGUGGGUCCCUCAGUUUGGUUAGGGGCAUUACUCUCUUGUUAAUAGAAUGGGUACGUCAGCGUGUGAAUGCUUUCUGCAGGCUGAGGAAGGAUAAGAAAUCCUGGCUACUUAUUGUAUACAAGAGUGAGAAGCUCCUUACUAUGUCUGAUUGUUGAGACGGCAUAUUUUAUUCAGGGGAAAGGUUUCAGUUUUUUCUUUUCCUUACUGAUGUGUAUAUGCUAGAUAUCCUUAACUAUCACCAUGUGAUUUCAUUUUAAAAGAGACCAAAUUAUCUUUCUUGCUUUAGGUGUCUAAAGAGUUUCAUUAUUCAUUUUCAGGUUGAAAAGUCCUGCUAAGAUGUCCUGCCAGCAGAGCCAGCAACAGUGCCAGCCCCUUCCCAAAUGCCCCCCCAAGUGCCCUCCCAAGUGUCCCACACCCAAGUGCCCCCCAAAGUGUCCCCCAAAGUGCCCUCCAGUCUCUCCCUGCUGCAGUGGUAGCUCUGGGGCUGGCAGCUGCUGCCUGAGCCACCACCACAGGCCUCAUCUCUUCCACCGGCACAGGCACCAGAGCCCUGACUGCUGUGAGUGUGAGCCCUCCGGUGGCUCUGGCUGCUGCUCUGACUCUGGAGGUUGCUGCUGACUCAGACCUUGGGCAUCACAGAGAAACACUUAUGAAGCAACCCCAAGGCAUGGAUCUACCCUAGGGUGAUGCUUUUCCUG